AUGUAUCUGUGCGUGGUGCUGGCGGCCACUAUUGUGCGCGCAUUAUCUCAACGACUUCCCCCUUUUGACAUAAAAGAUGCUGAACUGCUGGAAUUCUCAAUGAAACUACGCGACCUCGAUCACAAUAAAGCGCGACCAGGUCAGAUAGAGAUCAAAUAUCAGGACCAUACACAAUCCAGUGAUGAACGAGACAACGCUAAAGAAAGAUUCUUCAAAAAAGUGGACCCUGAUCUUUUUCGGAAGUCCAGUUUCCUUCAGUUGAUGGCUAUGAUGGACAAUUACAAUCGACAAACGGGGAUAGCAGAGCCAAGAACUUCAGUGGAAGAGGAAAAAAGAGAAAUUGCUGCAUUUCUGAGGACAGUUCUCGCAUCGGAACCUUUUCAGAAGUUGUUUGCAUUACUCAAACAAAAAGGACACCCAUUCACAACGAGUGCAUCAAAUUUCCGGCAGUGGAUAGAACAUCUUUGGUUCGCACAUUAUUCGCGAGCAAAAGGAAAAUUGGAUACAUCCGGAUUUGAGCAUGUGUUCAUGGGAGAGGAAAAAAACAACGAGGUGUCCGGUCUCCAUAACUGGGUGCGAUUUUACUAUCUCGAGAAAAAUGUAACGGAAAAUUUCGACUACAAAGGAUUUAUCGUGAAGCGCGGGAAAGUCAUGGCUUCACUAAAAUUUACCUGGCAGAAAAAAUUGAAGCGAUCCGGCUCAAUACUGAUCGGAACUUCCCCAGAAUACGACAUGGCGCUGUACACGCUGUGCUUCCUUUCACGUCGAGGGAAGGAAUUGUGUAAGGUUGAAAUUGACGGCUGUCCUCUUUCAAUUACGAGUUACGAGAUGGUUCAAAAUGGCAAGGUAUAUAUUGGAACCAUUUAUCCUACUGCAGGGAAAAUGACAAACGUAUGUGGAAUGAUAUAG